AUGGAGAUUGAAAAGUUCUUACAAAGAGACGUUCGCCUUGGAAGCCGUUUCGAAAAUCUGUUGAAAGGCUCUGCCAUUAUCGCCCAAAUUGCCAUUACUAUGCCCGGCCUUGCCAACUUUGGCACAAUCCACUGGACUGCCACAGCCUUUGCAUAUACGAGUCUGGUGUAUGGCCUUCUGUCGACAUUCUUUUCAUUUUAUGUUCAGCGGACUCUGGGCGAACUGCACAGCCCGGAAGAUGUUCAAGAGUGGCUCACAUCACCGCGAAAACGAAACAAACUUGCCGAUCUCUUCAACAGGGUUAUCGUCGGUCGCCACCCUCUCCUCUGUCUGUGGCCAGCUGGAGACGCGGACAGAAUCCCCUCGAUCACAGCCGCCGCAACUCUGACAGCACCUAGCAAACUGCUCGCCCCUUCUAUCAUCUCCUUGUUUUCCGCCUUGGGGAUUUACCUCGGCAGUAUGUACACUGCGGGAUUGGGCAUACUGAAAGGUAGCAAUGCCAACCUAGGCGCUUGGCUCUUCUUCAUCAUCUCCUCAUCUCUAGCUAUUUACGAGGUGUACCUGCCACUGAAUAGCAAGCGCCUAGAGCAAAUUGGCGAUUCGUCGGCGCACGACCCUAGGAACCAAGCUCUGGUCCAGGAAUCGAGCGAUAGUAGCCUUACUAUUGAGCCGAAGGCGGCCGUUACUCCCGCCGAGACUUCAGAAGCAAGAGAUCUUAUCAGAGACGCGCUGAAGGCUUCAAUUCGUGCACAAGAGGAAGGUCUCAAAGCGCAAAGGGCACUUCUGGAGUUAUUAGAUUCACGAUCUGGGUUGACGGAAAGAUUUUCCUUCGAUAGCAGCUAA